AUGCCUUACUACCAAGACGAUGCGACGGCGGGGAACGUCAUCGAUUCAAUCCUAGACGUGCUCGAACCGUACCUCCCCUCCUCCCUCCUCCGACCGCUCCACCAACUCCUGACCCUCCCCUGGACGUCCCUGCUCUCCUCCCCUACGUCCCUGCUCUCGCUCCUGCUCUCCCUCUUCGCAAUCUACACCGCCUUCCUAUCGAUGUACAACACGACCCGUUUCGCCUUUCGUCUAAGCUGGUUCCUCGCGAAAUGGUCCACCUUGAUCGGCGCGAUCGCCGUAGGUUGGAACGCGUACACGAAUGGAUGGUCCGGUACGACCCAAUCGCUCGACAAGAUGCAAGGCUUUGCUAAAACGACUUGGGGCGUCGGUAAGACCGGCGCUCAAUGGUGGUUCGGUCAAGGCCAGUCCGGGUCUACUUCCAGAUCGGGAUCGGGAUCGGGAUCGAGCAAGAGGUCUAGCGCGAGUCGGGUCGGGAAGAAUAAGAGGAAGAGUGCGAGCGGAAGGACGAGAACUUGGGCUACGACGACUGAUGAGGGUGGAUGGGACGAUCCGGCCGAAGUUGAUCUGGGUGAAGAAUAUGGCGUUCCUCGAAGAGGAGCGGACGAGAGGGGGGAGAACGCUUGGAAUACGGCGAGGGAUACGCUCUUCGCUUUUAUGGGUUCAGCGAAUGAUGCGCCAUCGGCUUCGAAGGACAAGAAGAAGCGGUCGACCAAGCCCAAGGCGAAAACUCGGACUCAAGCCUCCCCUCCUUCGAACGACAUUCCCGGCGGGUGGGCGAUGAAGUUCGCGAUGAACCAGGCCAAGAAGAUGUGGGAUGAUGCGACCGGAGGAGGGUCGGCAGCAUCAUCGAGUGGGAAGGACAACAGGAAGCGGAACCGCUGA